GUAGACCCGCGGCCCCUGGCGUCCCCGCCCCGGCGGUGGGCAGCACCCCGUGGGCCCCGGGAGAGUCGGGGUGCCCGGAGGGUCCACGGCUGACGCCUACUCCCUGUGGCACGGUGGCCGGUUGGAGGGAGCGCUCGGCCCCAGCACGAUGUCCCAGCCGCCCUGCUUUGCCCUUCACGUCACCGAGGACACCGAGAGCGAUGGGCAGGAGCCAAGCCCGGACAACGAGGGAGCCCUGCACACCUCCUUCCACCAACUCAUCCAGGAGCAGAGCAGCUUGGUGGAGGCGGGUCUGGAGCUGGAGAUGCAGGCAAGGGGCAGAGAGCACCCAGCCCUCCUGGCUCCCCCAGACGCCUGUGCCACAGCCUGCCUGGAGCCUGAGCAGGGCGAGCAGCAGCUCAGCUACUCCUCCGCUUCCCUGCGGAUCCUCGCCAACAUGCCCAGCCGCACCAUCGGGCGCAGCCGCGGGGCCAUCAUUUCCAAGUACUACAACCGCACGGCCCGGCUGCGGCGCCGGAGCAGCCGCCCACCGCUGCAGCAGCUCUGCCAUGCGGCACGGCCCAGCCUUCGGCAGUAUGUCCUGGAGACUGACCCUGCCAGGGCCACACUGGAAGACAAGCAGAGCCUGCUGGUGAAAGAGCUGCUGAGCCUCUCGCCCAGCCAGCGCGGCCACAUGCUGCUGACCGUGCCCCUCAGCCUGGCAGAGAAACGCACCCUCCGGCAGGAGCUGAGCGGGCAGAGGGGCCUCCUGCGGCAGUGCACCCAGCACCGGGCCUCCUUCUCUCCCUGUGGAUGGUCCAAGGACUACGUUGUCCUUGCUCUCUCUCCCCAGUGCUGCCGAGGCCUCUGGUACAGGCUCCUCUCCCUGCUCGCUGCUGUGCAGCCCUGGCACUAUGCCCUGAAGCAGAUCAGUGGACGCUUUGGCUCCAGUGUCCUCUCCUACUUCCUCUUCCUCAAGACACUCCUUAUGUUCAACAUCAUCUCAUUCCUCAUCCUCCUGGUGUUCGUGGUAGCCCUGCAGGCUGCAUAUCCCCCUGCCUCAGCCAGCCCCCAGCCCUUCACCAGCCUCGAGCUUCUCACAGGAGCGGGCUACUUCACUCACUCACUGCUCUACUAUGGCUACUACAGCAACGCCGCCCUCAACAACCCCUGCACCUCCAGCCCCAAUAGCAGUGCAUGCCCUCUCACAGACCCUCCACUCCCAUACAACAUGCCUCUGGCCUACGUGUUCAGCAUUGGGGUCUGCUUCCUCAUCACCUGCAUCCUGCUAGUGUACAGCAUGUCCCAUUCCUUUGGGGAGAGCUACCGUGUGGGCAGCUCCACGGGGGACCUGGCUGUCAAAGUCUUCUGUGCCUGGGACUUCAAGGUGAUCCAGAAGCGCUCGGUGAAGCUGCAGUGUGAGAACAUCUGCACACAGCUGAAGGAGCUGCUCGCAGAGCAGCGGUCCCACUCCCACUCCCUGAGCCUCUGCCAGCGCCUGAGGCACUCCGCUGUGCUUCUCCUGGCCUGGGCCCUCUCGCUGAGCACUGUGCUGGGCUGCGUGCUGGCUGUGUUCUACUUCUCAGAGCACAUGCACGUGGUUCAGCAGAAUCAACAAGCACAAGGCAGCAGCAAGCAGCAGAAGGAAGCCAUCCUGCUGGUCCUGCCCCUUGUGGUGUCUCUCCUCAACAUGCUGAUGCCCCACCUGUACAACUUGCUGGCGAUGUGGGAGAAGCAGGACUCCCCUGUGGCACAGGUCUAUGUGGCAAUCUGCAGGAACCUCAUUCUGAAGAUGGUGGUCCUCGGUCUGCUCUGCUACCAGUGGCUCAGCCGGAAAGUUGUCUGCUCGAUGGAGGAGUGCUGGGAGACAUGCGUGGGGCAGGACCUGUAUCGCUUUGUGGUGAUGGACUUCAUAUUCACCCUGCUGGACAUGCUCUUCGGGGAGCUGGUCUGGAGGUUGAUCUUGGAGAAGAGGCUGAAGAGGAAGCAGAGACCCGAGUUUGACAUUGCCCGAAACGUGCUGGAGCUGAUCUACGGGCAGACCCUGACCUGGUCUGGCUUUGGCAGCAUGGUGAGAGCCACGGGGGGAUCAGCAGCAGAGCAUCCCAGCACCAGUCCAGUGUUCCCCACCCAGCUAGUCCCCUCCAAAGCUCUGGGGAAGGAGCAGGCCCCGGUGCUGGGUGUUCUCUUUGCACCACUCCUGCCGGCUGUGCAGACACUGAAGCUGCUGCUGCUGUUCUAUAUCAAAAAGACCAGCCUGAUGCAGAACUGCCAGUCCCCCAGCAAGCCCUGGCAAGCAUCUCACAUGAGCACCAUCUUCAUCACGCUGCUGUGCUUCCCAUCCUUCCUGGGUGCAGCUAUCUUCCUCUCCUACACCAUCUGGUCGGUUCAGCCGUCAGAAACCUGUGGUCCCUUCCAGGGGCUGGAAACAAUCUACAAGUCAGGGAAGACCUGGGUGCAAGUGCUGGAGAAGUCCAACCCAAACAUUACCUGGCUCGCCUGGGUCCUCCAGCACCUGGUGGAGAACCCCUUCCUCCUGUUCUUUGUGUCUGGGGUCCUGCUAGCUGUGACCUACUUCAACAUCCAGGUGGUGAGAGGCCAGCAGAGGAUCAUGCGCCUGCUGAAGGAGCAGAUUGCCAACGAAGGAGAAGAUAAAGUAUUUCUCAUUCAGAAGCUUCACUCCAUUUAUGAGCAGAGAGGGCGACACGCCUGAGUGCCAGUGUCAGAUGCCCAAGGAAGAAACAGGACAGGACGGCUCACAGCCAGGGACCAUAUCCAGCUUUCUGAGCCAUCGCAGCGUGGUGUUGGAUCAGCAGGACUGUGGGGUGCUGGGGAAGAUCCUUUGCUCCAGACUGCAGGGGUCAAGGAUCCGUUGAGGCACGCUGUCCAGAAGCUCCAUGGGGAUGCUCCCACUGCCUGCAGCUGCUCGGGACAUGACAGGCGCAGCAGGACCAGGGCCAGGACUGCUGUCACGUCCCAGGGCAUGGUUCGGUGCAGGGCUGGCUUGCCAGCACAGCCCUUCACCGUGGGUGGUUACUGUUAGCAGAGAACAACGCUCCCUUCUGUGAACGCCCCAGCCAGUGCUGACAACAGCUUUAGGCCGUUUUCAGAAGCCCUUGGGGACAGUGAAGCUUUUCCAGCUGGAGAGAACCUGAAGCCUGCUUUGUGCUCCCCAGGAGCAGCAAGGCCAGAGCUGGGAGCUGCCAGCACCGACCCAGCUCCAGCCCAGUGCCUGGCUCACCGAGAUACUGCUGGCUGAUAACCUUCCCCAUGAACGAGGCCACCCAGCCUGCCCCAGCCCAGCAGCCCUACAGCACACUGCGCUUGCCAGCGGGACAGGCUUGGAGAAACCAGCACAGUGCCGAGCUGGGCAGAGGAACCUGAAGGCUCUGUCUCCCCCACUGCAGGCUGACAUGGCCCAUUAAAGUGUAGCUGUUCGGGAGA